GCUGGCUGGCGGACGGGGGCUGACAGGUCAGCGGAGGAGUUGCUAAGUGCAAUACCGUGGGAAAAGCCAGCAGUCCGCUGCAGGCAGCCGAGCGGGCAAUAUCUGCUGCAAGCUCCAUUAAUGUUACAGGGCACACGGGAACAAUUGCACCAAACAUGAAGAGAACUCACGAUUAUAGCUCGUCGGAUAGUGAACUGGACGAAACGAUCGAAGUGGAGAAAGAAAGUGCCGAUGAAAAUGGGAACUCCAGCACGGCCACCGGCUCAAUGUCCCCCAGCACUACUUCCCAAGUCCUGGCCAGGAAAAGGAGGCGCGGGAUCAUAGAAAAACGUCGCCGGGAUCGUAUUAAUAACAGCCUGUCUGAACUACGAAGACUGGUGCCGAGCGCUUAUGAGAAACAAGGAUCCGCCAAACUCGAGAAAGCAGAAAUUUUGCAAAUGACUGUUGACCACUUGAAGAUGCUGCAUGCGGCCGGUGGCAAAGGUUAUUUUGACGCUCAUGCUCUGGCCAUGGACUACCGCAGCCUAGGAUUUCGCGAAUGUCUGGCUGAAGUAGCUCGGUACUUGAGUAUUAUCGAAGGCCUGGAGAACUCCGAUCCUCUCCGCGUUCGCCUGGUCUCUCACCUCAACAACUACGCAUCUCAGAGGGAAGCUGCAAGCACUGCCCCCCCAAGCAUUGGACAUCUUUCCUGGGGCAAUGGCUUCAGUCACCACCCACAUCACCAUCUGCAUCCGCUCCUGAUGCCACAGGUUGUCCAUAACAAUAGCAAUGCGGCUUCAACAGAGCCUCGCCAUCAAACCAGGAUCGGUGCUUCCGCACACACUGAUACGUCUCCACAUAGGGUGGCUCCUAAUUGCAGUGUCGGUCCAGUCAUACCAGUGGUUACCUCCUCCACCAAACUGUCCCCUCCUUUGUUCUCAAUGUCAUCCUUAUCUGCAUUUCCUCUGUCUUUCAGCACUUUCCCCUUGAUUUCUCCCAGUACAUUCAGUUCAUCAGCUCAGACUCCAACGAACCACAUUGGCAAGCCCUACAGACCCUGGGGGACAGAGAUCGGCGCUUUCUAAAGACUGUUCUGAAGGAUUUUCCUUCCUUAAACUGACAGAAGUAGUGACUCUGUAGCUUAAACUCAGCUGAGCUGAGCUGUUGUCAACUUUACUGCCCUGGAAUGUUCAGGAUAUUCUUUGAGUUUACUGCUGGCAAAAAGUGUAUAACUUCACAGUCUGAAGUUCUAUGAACCCAGCUAUCUAGAUUGCCUCUUUAGCUCAGUGUUAUAAAUAAUAUUCAAAAUAUUUUCACGUGAGCAUUUUGAUCCCUUUAUUGUUGAAGUGUUCAGUUGCAAGGUUCGAGAAGUUCAUAUUACUGUUGAGAUUAGUCUAAACAAGCUCAUGGAUCAGCCAUGAUCAUAUUGAAUGGCGGUGCAGGCUCGAAGGGCCGAAUGGCCUACUCCUGCACCUAAUUUCUAUGUUUCUAUGUUUCUACUUUCUGUCAAGUCUUGAGAGAUCUUUUCAGACAUCUUUAUUAUCAGCUUCCUUGAAGUUUUGAGUAUAAAGUUAUUCAAUUUUUAAAGAAGUCUAAUAUAAAAAAUUGGAUUAAAUGUAUUUGCCUUGUCACUUAAAUCCUAUUGUUUAUUCCCCAAAUAGAAUAGUUAGUAAAGUUUUAGAAAGGAUACAUCUUUUAAAUCAAGUUAAGUUGAUUAUAGCAAUAUUAAUAAGAAAUUUGGAUUGCAAGCGCUUUUGUGUGUAUUUGCGUAUGACUGCUUGGGUAUGUUUGUGUGUAUGAGUGUGAGGUUCCUGUGCAUGCGUGGACAAUGUGCAUUAUUGUAUGUGCGCACAUGCACACACAUUAUUUCGCUCAUGUGUGUUUGCACAAGUGAUAGAUUAUUUGUAUGGGUGUAUGCAUGGGUGAAUACACAUGAGGAUUUGUUUGUGUGGCCGAGUGUGUGUUUGCAUGCAUGAGUCGAGGUUAGGAUAUGCAUUUUGCUUAUGAGAUUGGUUUAAACGUUGCCUGAAAAUAUUAACUUACUACCCUUCAAAUAUUUCAAACAGCAAUCUCUAUAAUCAACAGUGACAUCCUACAUCUAUUUAUUAUGUACUGCAUCUGUACAUGAGAAACUAUAAGGUCAACAUUACAUGCCUUAAACACAAUAAAAUCUAAAAACUAGGUUAAUUUGAUAAGCUCAAUAUGCUGGCACUUUAGUUACUAAAUAAAGUGCUUAAGUAAUGUAGAUUUUAAUCUUUACAGUGAUAUUUUAUAUUUUAUGUAGCAUAAUGGAGCGAGGACAAAUCAGAUUUCCAGCUUUGUUUCUGUGAGCACUUUCCAGUGCUGAAGCCAUUAAUUUUUGGACGGUAAAGAAAGGUGUCGUGUUCGGUUACAGUGUUCUGGUGUGUGUUGACAAUACUAAACAGAAGAAAUAAUAAACUACAAGUGCAAUUGAAGAUAA